UCAUGCUGUGGUGAUAAUUUAUUAUGUAAACCGAUGGUGUAUUCAAUAAAUGAUUUCGUUUGCAAAGAAAGAGGAAAUUCCUGUGCCAGUGAUGAAGAUUGCAAUUAUAUAUUGCAUGCAAAAUGUUCCAAAGAUAAACUUUGUACCUGCAUAGCAAAUAAUAUCCGUAUAAAUAAAACCUACUGUGCACCAGCAUUAGGAUCAUAUUGUUGGAACAGCGACAAAUGUGCAACUGAUCAUGCUUCUUGUAUUGAUAAUGAAUGUCAAUGCAAUGAAAAUUAUCUGCAAAACUCCAGUGAUCAGUGCUUACCGAAGCUAUUAGGUUCAUUCUGCGAAAUUGAUUUCCAUUGUGAAAAAUGGAAAUUUUCCUUCUGUUCUAUAACUAAAACUUGUACCUGCUUAAUAAAUACGUUGACGAUUAACGAAACAUCAUGUUUACCAAUUUUAAAUGUAUUCUGUCAAACAAAUGACGAUUGCAAAGUUGAAAACUCCGUAUGUAUUGAUCACACGUGCAAAUGCCAACAAAUGUUCAUAACUCAUACGAAUACCGAAUGCGUAAGACCAUACUUGGGAAUGAAAUGUAAGAGAUUUUCUGAUUGUGCUCACUUCUUAGACCAUUCAGAAUGCUCUGAAAACAAAGAAUGUACAUGUAGUAGUGGUCAUUAUGCAAUCAACAAUGAGACAUGUGCACCAGCAUUAAGCGUACAAUGCCGUAAUAAUGAAACGUGCGCACAAGAAAACUCUGUUUGUGUCCAUAAUAAAUGUCAAUGCAAACUUGAUUAUGUCAAUAGAAAAUCGGAAUGUGUUCCAUUAUUAUUAGGAAUGCAUUGUAAAACGGAAACAGAUUGUCAAGAAAUAAUAUUUUCGACGUGUUCAGAUGAUAAAAUGUGCGUUUGUAAAUCAAAUUACACUAAAGUCGGUUUUUCAACUUGCUCACCACUUAUAGGUGGUGAUUGUAAAAAAAAUAACGAUUGUGUCGCUAAAAAUUCUUAUUGUCUAUUUAACAAAUGUAGAUGUAUGGAAAACUAUUUCGCUCAUUCUAACGAUCUGUGUACACCAUUUUCACUAGAUCGACCAUGCCAAACAAGCGAAGAGUGUAAUAGUAUUUUGAACUCAUUUUGUUCAAGAGACAAAAUGUGUUUUUGUACAUCAGAUUAUAUUGCAAUAAAUGGCACGAAAUGUGUAGAACCUCUAAAUCAAUUUUGUACAAAGAAUAAACCAUGUGUGACUAAAAAUUCCAUUUGUAUUAAUAAUGAAUGUCAAUGCGGACCUCAUUUCGUUAAACAUUUAAAUGCUGAAUGUAUACCAAUGCAAUAUGAUAACUUGUGUGACGAAGAUUUCAACUGUUCGGGCAUAGGACGUAAAUGUUCUGAUAAUGGGAGAUGUAUUUGUGGAAACAAUUAUAUUGCACUAAGUAGCACAACGUGUGCAUCACUUUUGAAUGGUUAUUGUUUAAGCAAUAAAGAUUGCUAUGUCAAAUACUCAGUUUGUGUCUCAAACAAAUGUCAAUGUCCUUCUGAUUACAUGCCUCAUUCUAAUUAUGAAUGCGAACCAAUUAUGCUGGGAAAAUUUUGUUUGACUGACAAGGAUUGUCAAAAGAUUAAUAAUGCAAGAUGCUCAUUCGAAAAUGUAUGUGUUUGUUAUAUGAAUUAUUUUGCAUUUGAUAAAUUUCUUUGUGUACCGACUUUAAAUGGAUUAUGUUCAGAUGAUCAGGAUUGCUAUUUUGAUUCAUUUUACUGUUCUGAUAAUCAAUGUCAAUGUAAAACUAAUUACACAGCAGUAUCUGUUGAUCGAUGUGUUGAAACUCACUUGCUUAGUUCUUGUAUUGAUGUUUCGGAAUGCAGCGAUUCAUGGCAUUCUACUUGUUUACCAGAAGGAAAAUGUGUGUGUGCGUUGAAUAAUAUAGCACUCAGACCAUCAACAUGCCUACCAAUUUUGAACGGAUAUUGUUGGAAAGAUAAUCAAUGCAUGGCCGAGAACUCUGUUUGCAUUGAUUUCAGAUGUCAAUGUAAACCAAAUUUCAUUUCUGUCGCUAAUAAUUUAUGCAUAUCAAUUAACUGAAAUGAAAUAUGAAUGAUGAUGGACCUUAAGUACUUUUCUUUGUGAAGUAAGGGUGUUAUGAUCGCUGCAAAAUACUAUUGCCAUCAAUAAUAAUUACCAACGCGUAAUAAUAUUAAUUUUUUUCUUUAUUCUGAGCUGUAAUUUUUAGUACUGCUGAAAAUGUCAAUUAUUUCAUUAUAUUUUUUUUACU